AUGACGUCACUCAGCGGGGACGGCGCCUCGCCGCAACGACGGAGGACGGCUCGGUUCCGCCUCCGAGAACAGCUGGAUUCCGACGGGGGACGGACGGGGCCGGCGGCGGUGCCUUCCCCUGACCGCCCGGCGUCCCCGAGGCACGGGGCGGCGGAGCGCCGCUUUCUCCGCGCGGAGCCCCGCGGCUCCGCCAUCCCGCCGGCCCCAUCGCCGUCGCGGCGGCCUCGCGUCGGCAGCCGCCUCCGCCGAACGGGGCGGGCAGUCCGGGCGGGGUCCUUUGCGCUCGGUCAUCGCGUCCUCACCGCGCGGCUCCGCCCGGCUGCCCGCGGCGAUGCCUGUCGUCGUGCGCCCGCUCCGCUUCCGGGGCUCCGGCUGCGGGGACGUGGGGGACCUCAGCGAGGCCGAGCCCGCGCCGCCCCGGCCCCGCUCCGCUCCGUGCGGGCCUUCCUGGAGAGCGGCGAGCGCGGGCUGGCGGCCGCCGGCAGGUGGGGGAGCGGGGCGUCCGGGCGGGCGGCGCGGCCCGGCGAUGGCGCUGGGGAACUCGCUGGAGACGAGCGGCUCCGCGGGCGCCUUGACGUCGCGCUGCAGGCGGCGGUCGCGAGGCCGGCGCUGUGCGGAGCGGGACGCUUCUACGUGCGUGCUGGAACUUUCCUGCUGGAAACAGCGCAGAGCAGCGCGGCACGAUGGAGAGAUGCGUGUGAACUCGCAGCCUGGUGGUACCUGAACGCUUUCCGUAUUCCUAAACCAAAGUCAAAACUAAUAAGAGGAGAUGGUGCUGGGCAAGAUGUGCUGGAAAUGUUGGCCUGCGACCGAAAAAGCCAGUGUGGACGUUAAGAUAGAAUUUGACUUCCAGUGUCUCCUGGUCUGCUGGUUUCUGCCUACUAAUACACUAUUUGUAAGCACUGCUCGUCCCAAGUGUAAAAGAAAAUACUGCUCUUUUCCUGUCACUUCUGUUCCCUUCUUUGUUCCAACAGGUUUGCUGC